CUUCACUUGUUUUGUAUUUUUCUACCUUCACCCCCGGUUCACAUCUAUGCGGGUGGUGCCGCUGCGGAUCCGCAUGAAAAUCCGUGCAGGCGCACCACCCACACAGAGAAUUGCGGACCCGCGGGCGGGUGCCAUUAGUUCUAAAGGCACGCCUCCCGCACUGGAAAACACAACCGUACUGGGAACCGAGGUUCUUGUGUGGGCUGUGUUUUCCAAAGAAGUGCAGGGACUUCUUCCCUGCGUGUCAUGGGCAUGGGAGUUCAUUCAAAUGAAUGGGCUCUUGUGCCCGUGCAAAACGCAGCCCGCACGGCCGCAUAGAUGUGAACUGGGGAUAAGUAAUACAGGCCAUAGACGGGUCAUUUAUCGGCCGAAUUUUGAUCCGAAUGAAAAA